AUGUCCUCCGACGAGGAGGGCGCUCGGCGCCCCGGCCGUAUAGGCAAUGAGAGUCCUGCGCCUAGCGAUAAUGCCAAUGAUUCAGGUGCCAACGACAUCGGUGCAGACAUCAUGGACGAAGACGACAAUGAUGACCUUUUCGGAUCAGACGGAGAAGGCGGCCUCGACGACAUCGAACCUAGUCGCAACUUAGAUGAUGAGCAACUUGACUCGGGCGAUGAUGAAAACCGCUAUGAUCGACGGGAUGAUCGUAUGGAGGAUGUUACUCAAGAGCAACUAGAAGUCAAUGUUGUCGAUCACGACCUUGCGCUUCUCCAAGCUCUUGAGCGCCGGUCUAAUGUUUUGCAGAUUUACACAAUGCGUGUGCCCGAUUUCCUCUCAAUUGAAGCAGAAGAGUUCAACCCCGAAACUUACGUUCCACCUCCAUACAACGUUGCCUCAACGUCUCUCUGUUGGCGCAAAGACCCCGCGGACGACUCCCAGCUGCAGUCGAACGCCCGCUUCAUUAAAUGGGAUGAUGGAUCCAUCACUCUCCAGCUCGCAUCUCAGCCCCUCGAGCAAUAUCGCAUCGCCUCCAAACCUCUUGCACCUCUCACCCGCUCCGGCGAAUACGAUCACAAGCUCGACUCUCACGUUUACCUCGCUGCUGGCCUGGAAACUUCCCAGGUCUUCCGACUGACCUCACAUGUAACCCACGGCCUGACCGUACUCCCAACCACUCUGGAAACCGAUGACGCCGUUGCCCGACUGCAAGAGCAACUCGCUGCUGCCGCCCGCGGUAGCAAGCAGACCGCAGCUGGUACUGCGCCCAUUUAUGAUCAGAAGGAGGACCCCGAGCUGGCUGCCAGGCGUGCCGAGGUCAUGGAGAAAGAAGCCAUCAAGGCCGAGCGUCGUCGCCAGCAGCUUGCUGAUCGUGAGGCGGACCGUGGUCGUCGCCAAGGUGCUUCUCGCACUGGACCUACUGGCCUGAGCGUUGGUGGGCUUGAAGAUGGUGGUCUACACACAACUCGUCCUCGCGCCAAGCCCCGUCGCCAGAACCGCCGUGGUGAGAUCUUCACUGAUGAUGAAGAGGAAUACAACCGUGGUGGUCCCCGUAACAGGGAAGACGAGUACGAUGAAGACGAUGGAUUUUUGGUUGGUAGUGAUGAAGAUGUUGAAGAGGGUGAAGAUGACGAGGAAGAGCUUGAAGAUGAAGAUAUGGAUGCUGAGGGUGAAGAUGAUGAGGAGGUUGCACCGAAGGCCCGAAGCAAGCCAGAGCUCAAGGCUGGCACACCUCCCGCUCGCAAGAAGAAUCGCUACGUUGUGGACGAUGAAGAUGAUGAGUGA